AAUGGCGGCACAACCGGAGUACUAAUAAAAGAAACUCUUAAUAUUCAAUGGUGUGGUGGUGCGAAACAGAUGAAGAUACAAUGUAGCUCUCGGUCGAAAAAUAAAUACGUAUGCGAAGCACCUUCUUGUGUUUCUUUGAAGAAAGCACGUAAACGACUCCAGGUCCAGGGACAUCGACAUCGGUACUAGAAAUAAGUGGUUGCUUGAAGACAGCCCCUCACUUGUUUGAAAGCACCAUGUGGUCACCGGCGGUGUAAAUGCUGAUCAGCUUCAUUCUAGUCCGUGUGCUAUGAACUCGAAGGUUUACUCUUCUUCCGUUUCCCUUUCUUGUGAUGCGCUUCGUAUUGUCCCAUAGCUUAUGAUUCUAUUUGUGCCUAUCAUUCCGAAGUGUAUUCGAAAUGUCAUACAGUUGUUCUUCUGCCUUGGCAAGGCUGAUUGACAUAAAAAAAAAUCUUCAACUGCAGCAUUGCAGCUUGUCCUGGUACUCACUUGCUCGUUCUGCACGAACAAAAAAAAUUCCGGACAGCAUGCAGCCCGCAUCAAUCUAUUCGAAUUUACGUAUGCUGCCAAUAGUUUUUUUACAUAUUCUGCCAAUCUUGAGUUUUUUACAUAUGCUGCCAAUCAAUUCUGCGGCUCGCGAGGACGAGCUGCGACGACAACUGCUUGGAUAAAAGACGGCGCCGGCGAUGCAGGAGAGCAAGUGGUGUUAUCUACCAGUCCCCAGAAAGGCCUGCUAGGCAUAUGCGCACAGUCCUGGGCCGUGCUGCACCCGACGCCCGCAAGCAUCCUGCGACCGGCGGGCGCAUCGUCGACGACCACGAAGGACCGCGGCUCCACGAAGGAAGUGUCGUCGACGACCCUGGUGGUAAACGGCAAGAAACAGCCCCAAGAGGUGUCCAUGAAGGUUACUAUGGGCCCGACGGUCUUCGACCUGCCGGAGAAACUCCGCGCCGACCCGGAAGAGGAACGUGCGAAGCCCUUCAAUGCCGACGACGUGGCGCGCCGAGAGUACUCCGACUGCCUAGCGCAGAUCUUAAAGGCAGGAUUGGUCGUAUCCUGAUUAAAAAUGUCCCCACACCAGAGUUGUCAUGCAAAUCUGCAUGGCAACAAAGUUUCUCACGCGGAGCCCCAGGAGAAGCGUUUUCAUCUAGUCGCGUUUUGCAAUUUGUGAUGCUAGAAUCACCAUGAUGUGCUAGAUCUGUAAUGCUGCUCAGCUACUACUUAAAAACACGACUGCAAUACAAGGACAGAUUUGUCAUGCGAAGUAACCAAAGGCGGUUGAUUUGUCUAGCAGAUUUCCCAUUUUGACUCUGGUAUAGGGCCGACCGACGGGGCCCAUGCAUCAUGUCAGCCCUCCAGGGCACCGCGCGCGCGCCCGCUGAUUGAACCAGUUCGGGUGGGCACCACAACAGGUGGGCACCCACCCGCGAAAUGCACCCACCUGUCAGGCGACAGGUGGGCACCCACCUCGUUGCCACAGGUGGGUGAGUCACAGGUGGGUGAAUCAUGCAAUUACCAAUUCUGA